UAGAAUGCGCGCCUCAGUCGAAGCGCGGACGUUGUUCCGUGCUCUUCCUUUUUCGUUUGUUUUCAUUCGAAUUUAUUUCCAUUUUUACAGGAAAUCGGUUCAUAUUGAAUCCCAGUGAAUCCUUUUUCUUCGAACGCUCAAUUUAACGAGUCCACGAUUGUCCGAGGUAACACCGUUCUAAAAAUGAAUAACGAAGUGGCCAAAACACGACCAAGCAUCAUUAUGCUGGCAUUCUCAACUCUUACACACAUCCUCUUAUUAGCACCAGUAAUAUAUAUAGUGGUUCUGUCCCUUCAACCUUUCAUCUUUUUAUCCUGGCAUGUUAUUUGUUCAACCUUGGGAGUCGGACUUUUGACAAUGGAGGGAGUGUUCUGCGUUUCUGGCGACGCUUAUAUGAAUUGGAAGGUAUCCAGGAUGAGCAGAGGAUUGAUUCAUUUGAUCCUUCAUCUAAUAGGAUUGCUGUUGGUGUUGAUCGGUAUGAUCAUGAUAAUAAUCGGCAAGAUAGAAUACAAGAAAUCUCACUUCGUCACAGUUCACGGGAUUAUCAGCUUGAUCAGCAUCAUUUUUGCGGUUCUGAUAGCCGCGUCCGGCUUCGUCGUUAUCUUUGACAAAUGUCUGUAUCAUGGUUGCAUCAGACCAAUAAUUCUGAAAAUUAUGCACUCGUUCGGUGGUAUUUUUGCCACGAUACUCUUGUUAGCCGGACUGAUCACAGGGAUUUACACAGGAUGGUGGCCUGGCACUUGCCUUGGAAGAACCCUGUCGGUCGCCUCAUUCGUCGUUGCCGCUUGCUAUAUCUUUUUGAAACCGAUUUUGGGUAUCAUUUCUAGGUGCAAAGUGCUUUUCGAAGGUGUACCUAAUGACAAUGAAGGAGAAUUGAACAAUGAGUAUUGAUUGUGAUUUUGGAAAUGAUUGUUUUAUUGUUUGAUGUUAUUGAUGGAUUAUAGAUUGGAUAUUGAAAUUUUAUAUUGUAGCUAAUUUUAUAUUGUAUUGUUGAUAUAAGGGACUGUCUUAUUUAAAAUAAGAUAUUUAAUUCUAUCCUUUUGUUGUGAUAGUUCUGAAAGAUAUAGUAUAUAUAUAUCUUUUUUUUUUUGUUUGUUUUUCAUGCAAUUUGAAUUGUAUGAAAUGAUGAAUACAUUGUAAAAAAUAUUUUUA